AUGAAGCUCGCCAUGACUCUUGCCCUGGUCACCCUGGCUCUCUGCUGUAGUCUUGCUUCCGCAGAGGUCUGCCAGAGCUUUCUAAACGUCAUGGAAACCCUCUUCACGGGCACGCUUUCCAGUUACGAGGCCGCCGUUGAACCUUUCUUGCCAGACGCGGACAUGAAAGACGCGGGGAUCCAGCUGAAGAGGCUGGUGGACACGCUUCCUCAGAAGGCCAAGGAGAGCAUCUUAAAGCUCACGGACAAAAUCGUAAGAAGCCCACUGUGUGCUUAG